AUGAUCCCGCUCUCACAGACUCAGUGCUUCCGGAGGUCAAGCAUUCUCCAGCCACGGCUGCCUGUGCUGUUGCUCUCCUCCGGCCGGGGGGUCCCCCAUCUCUUUCUCCAUGUCUCUCCCCGUUCCCCAGACUGGCCGCAGUCUCACCGAGGAAGGCCUCUUACUGCCCUCAUCCUUGCUACUGACGACCCCGCUGGCUGCCGCGCAGAGGUGGCUGGCUUUGAAGAGCAACAGCGAACGUUGCUCAGAGACCCUCCCCCACCCUUGCCAAGGAUUUCAGAAGCUGGAAGUCCCAGCUGUCCAGAGGAGAAACCCGAGAGCGGAAUUGUCUCCGAGAAGGGUUCACUCUGUCCGCUUGGGUCCCUGCAGCUGUCUCCCCAUCUCCACCGUUUCCAUUACGCUAGUCUGUGCGCCAUUGCUCUUCCUGGACACACACAGACACACACAUACACACACACACUCAUACACACAUUCACACUCACACACACACGCACACUCACUCAUACACACUCUCACACACACACUCACACACAGUCCCACACACAGUCACACACACACACACACACACACACACAGUCACACACACUCAGACACACUCACACACACACAGUCACACACAUACAUACACACUCACACUCACACACACACACACAGUCACACACACAGUCACACACACACACAGUCACACACAGUCACACACAGUCACACACACACACAGUCACACACACAGUCACACACACACACAGUCACACACAGUCACACACACACUCACACACACAGUCACACACAUACACACACACUCACACACACACACACACAGUCACACACACAGUCACACACAGUCACACACACACUCACACACACACAGUCACACACAUACACACACACUCACACACACACACACAGUCACACACACAGUCACACACAGUCACACACACACAGUCACACACACACUCACACACACACACACACACACUCACUCACACACACACAUACAACAUAUGUCCUGGGUUGCAGGGGCUUGGGGAGGGGCAAUUAGAGGCAAAGAGGAGACAUUUUUGAAGACUCCGAUCCAUGGAGAAAGGAGUCCGGCAACCACGUGACUAAUGGUGACUCUGGUUCCAGGGGAUCCAAUGCCCUCGGCUGACCUCUGGUGGCUUUUGCACACAUGUGGUGCACAUACUAACACCCAGGCACACACAUGUACCCAUAAAUUUUUUUUUAAAUAGUGUUUUUAAGGAAAGCAUUGUUGUUUUAAAACGGGGUUGUUAGGUGUGUAGCCCUGGCUGACCUAGAACUCACGACGUUGACCAGAUGACUGAGACACUCAUGCCAACGGUGCGGGGAUUACAGGCAGGGCCACUGCGCCCAACAGCGCAGAAGUGUUUCACAGUACUCGCCAUCACCGACAGCAGAGCUGGUAUUAUUCUGGAGCCAUUUUGUGUUGUGGGCUUCAGAAACAAACAAACAAAUCAAUAAAUAAGUGGAAGGCUGGAGAGAUGGCUCAGAGGUUAAGAGCACUGGCCCUUCUUCCAAAGGUCGUGAGUUCAGUUCUCAGCACCCAGCCAUAGCGAGAUCUGCAAGCAGAACACAGAAAUAAAUUAAAAAAAAAAAAAAAUUAAUGGCAGCCGGGUGUGGUAUUGCACGCCUGUAAUCCCAGCACUCCAGGAGGCAGAGGCAGGCUUAUCUCCAUGAGUUCAGGGCCAACCUGGUCUACAAAGCAAGUCCAAAGCAACCAAGGCUACACAGAGAACACUUGUUUCAAAACGCAACCCCCCCCCCCCCGCAAUAAACUGACGAAGGCUGGAGAGAAGGCUGCACAGCUGAGAGCAGAGGUCUGCAGAGGACCUGCGUUUGGCUCCCAGCAGCCAUCAGGUGGCCUCAGAGGGUGCUUUUCUUCUGCCUCCUUGGGAACUACUCACCCCCUCACAUAAACAGACUCUUAUUUUUAAGAUAA